UCAUCAUUCUGCGACGCUGUGGCUGGGGAAACGCGAGUGAAGUCUGAGCGUGUUAGCUAUUUGGAUUGCCCUUGAAUGUACUUGGCACGCUCCUUGUUCAGGAUGUCAGGCCACACCCCUUCGCUGGUGAGACUGGAGCAGAGGGCAGCCGAGGCGGAUCAGAUCAUCGAUUACCUCAAACAGCAGGUCCAUCUGCUGAAAGAAAAGGCCAUGGUGCAGGCCACCGUGAGAGAGGAGAAGAAGCUGAUGGUGGAGAACGCCAAGCUGAAAAAGGAGAUUGAAGACCUGAAGAGGCAACUCCUCGAGAAGGAAAGAAGGAGAGGAGUGAUCGUGCCCAUGCCUUCAGAAGACUCCAGUGUCCAGUGUGCUUCCAAGCCCUCAGCACCAGAGUCAUCGGCUAAACCAGCUCCUGCAGUUCCAGCCUCCACUGUUAAAACCCCUCCAGCCGACAGCACCGAGGCCAAGACCAAAGCUAAAGCAGAGAAGAAAGGAGAGAAGAAGGCUCCGCCCCCUCAGGUGGACUUGAAGGUGGACGUGUCCCGUUUGGACCUGCGUAUCGGGCGGAUCGUCACGGCGAGGAAGCACCCGGACGCUGAUACUCUGUACGUGGAGGAGGUGGAUGUGGGUGAAGCGGCGCUGCGCACUGUGGUCAGUGGCCUCGUCAAACACGUCCCACUAGAGCAGAUGCAGAACCGCAUGGCAGUGUUCCUGUGUAACCUCAGGCCAGUUAAGAUGAGAGGAAUCGUGUCUCAGGCCAUGGUUAUGUGUGCCAGCACUCCGGAAAAGGUUGAGAUCCUGGACCCACCCAGCGGGGUAGAACCUGGCGAACGAGUCACUUUCCAGGGAUUUCCAGGUGAGCCGGAUAAAGAUUUGAACCCCAAGAGGAAAGUGUGGGAGCAGGUCCAGCCUGAUUUGCGCACUGAUGACGAGGGCGUGGCCAAUUACAAAGGGGCUGCGUUCGAGAUCGCUGGGAAAGGAGUUUGCAAAGCUCCGACCAUGAGGAACAGUGGCAUCAGAUAAAGCCGCAGAACCUUUGGAAGCUCAGGACUCUGGGAAGUAAAUGAGGACUGAGUCUGUAACAUCUGUAAGGCUUUCUGAAAUGACAAUAAAGGAUUUGGACAUCA